AGGAACAGGGCGCAUGCAGACCAUCAAGGCUGUGCAUUCUUAGCCGGGGACUAGUUUUUAGUGCUCCACUUGGGUCUGGGUAAACAGCACCGCCCCGAUGGUUGUUUGUUUUAAGUGUGGAACGAUCCAUCGCAGAGCGCCGGGCUCGAUUGACACUGUCUGCUGAUCUGCUACUGCGGAUUGCUCAGAAUAACAAGGCUGCUCGCUAAUUCCCGUCUAUCGGGGCUUUCGGCGAAACACCGAGAGAGUAGGGUCCAAAAAAAGCCAACAAGGCAGGCAAGAACGCCGCGCCGCCGGAGUCCGCACCCCAGAAUGGCUUCAGGAGACCUUUACGAGGUGGAGCGGAUCGUCGACAAGAGGCGGAACAAGAAGGGUAAGUGGGAAUACCUGAUAAGGUGGAAAGGUUAUGGAAGUAAGGAGGACACAUGGGAGCCAGAGCAUCACCUACUGCACUGCGAGGAAUUCAUUGACCAGUUCAACAGCUUGAGACUGCACUCACACAAACGGCCCAAAGCUCCAAAGAAUCGUGGGGAGUCGCUCCUCACCGGCCACCCAUCUGCUUCAGAAAACUCCAGAGCUAGGUCCGAGGCACGAAAAAAGAAAAGGACUUGUGGCCCAGCUGUGGGGGUUAGAGUAGGAGCUGUUCUAGGGGUUGGAAGUGGAGGGUCAGGACCCACCCAGAAGCAGAGGAAGGUGGGUGUAGGCCCUGGGAAACAUACUUUAGGGGACAGAAUGAGCAAACCCGUGACGUACAAGGCUCCUCCACCAGGGGGGCCUCACUUUGUUCCUCCAGUAAGGGUUCCUCAUAAUGGACUGCAAAAUGGAGAGAUGGAGCCUCUCGUGUACAGAUCAGCAGCAAGGCCACAUAGAUUGCCCUCGGACAAAGUGGAUGGAGAACUGGGGGACAUGGAUACCACUGGACAACAGUACGCCACUGAACUGGGCCCCCCUCUUGCCAACGGAAAGAUGCAUCUGCACAGCUCAGUAAAGCGGAAGCUGGCUGAGGAGAAAGGCUACGUGUUCGACAAGCGGCUCAGGUACAACGUGCGACAGAACGAGAGCAACUGUCGAUUCCGAGACAUCGUGGUGAGGAAGGAGGAGGGCUUCACGCACGUCCUGCUCUCCAGCCAAACGACAGACAACAACGCACUGACACCAGAGAUCAUGAAGGAGGUGUGUCGAGCUCUGGGUAAUGCAGCUGCUGAUGACAGUAAAUUAUUAUUGCUCAGCUCUGUAGGAACUGUUUUCUGCAGUGGCCUGGAGCCAUCCUACCUAAUAGGGCGUUUGUCCACUGACCGCAGGAAAGAGAGCAGCCGCAUCGCAGAUGCUGUACGGGACUUUGUGUUGGCAUUCAUUCACUUCAAGAAACCCAUUGUGGUGGCAAUAAAUGGUCCUGCUCUGGGCUUAGGGGCCUCCAUCCUGCCACUGUGUGAUGUAGUGUGGGCCAGUGAGAGGGCCUGGUUCCAAACUCCUUGUGCAGCCCUUCAUCUCACACCCUCUGGAUGCUCCUCUUACACCUUCCCCCAGAUCCUGGGCGUAGCUCUGGCCAACGAGAUGCUGUUCUGUGGAAGAAAACUCACAGCGCAAGAAGCAUGUAGUCGAGGUCUGGUGUCACAGGUUUUCUGGCCAACAACAUUUAACCAAGAAGUGAUGCUACGUGUGAAGGAAAUGGCGUCAUGCAAUGCAGUGGUUUUAGAAGAGUCCAAAUGCCUGGUGAGGAGUAUCCUCAUGUCAGUCCUGGAGGAAGUGAAUGAGAAAGAGUGUCAGAUGCUGAAGCAGCUGUGGUGUUCAACCAAAGGACUAGAGGCACUCUUCAGUUAUCUGCAGAACAAGGUGUAUGAGAAGUAACUAUCCACACUCAGGACACCAGGGUCAGUGAAGAUCUGACACUACCGACAGAGGGACAUCCAGGAUGAUAAGGUUCUGAUCUCAAACUGAAAGAUAUUAAGGGCCUUUGUUUCCAUCCAUCAGCAGAGGGAUACUCUGGAGUUGUGUUUUCUUACAUCGCUACCAAAAAAAAAAAAAAAAAAUCUUCAUCAUCAACAUUAAAAAUCAACUUUUUUUUUUUUUUUUUUAUUGGACCCACAACCGUCCAGAUGUUUCUUCUCUUUUUAAAGAGUCAAAGAGCAAAGGGCCAAAUGUGCAUUGCUUAAAUGCAGGGAGGUACAGAGUGUUUCUGCACCUAUGCCCGACUUAAUCAUCAGGAUGUAUGAAAUAAGUGUAUGUCUGAAAGCACAUGAUAAAGUGAUGAUAAUAUAUAUAAAUAUAUAUUUAUUUCAAGUGUGUAAAAGAGUUGCUUUCUGUAUAUAAGAUGCAUUUUAAAAUCUUUUAAGAAUUUUCUUAUAGUUGCUUCUUGUUUUGAGUUGAAGUGUAAACCAAAGUUUGAGGACAAUGAUUCUUGCUCCUUAACAUACACAUUCCAUCCGCUCUGUAUAACAGAAGACAACUACUAGAAAACUGGUUACAAAUGCUCAUACAUGCUCACAACAGAUUCACAGACAGCUCAAAGAAAACUGACUUUUUUUUUCUCUCUUCAUCACUUAAUUCAUUAUUUAUACUGUAAAAGUCUUUAUUACACAGAACAGACAUCUCGUUUUCCAGUGACUUUGUUAUCAUUAUCAGAAUCACCAAAACUUUGCUUCCGUUACACAAAAUCAAAAUUAAUGCUUAUGUACUCAUAGUGCAUUAGUACAUGCAAUAUCAUUCUGUCAAUAUCCAUCUGUCUUCAGUUAUUUUUACAGCUACAACAUAACAGAUAUGGAAAGAAUUUCAUUUAACUUUUAUUUAUACAAAUUUUUCUUUCAAGGGAAACUUGUUUGAAUUGAAAGGUAUGUAGAAAUAUUUUGGCAGAAAUGGAGAACACUGGAAGGUUUUUGUGAAUGCUGGCACUAAAUACAAUUUAUUUGUUCUUAAUCAACUGGCAUUUUGGCUUGAGUAUGAAAUGACUUUAGAUGAUUAAAUGAAUUAGCGGCACAUAUCACAUGGAAGGAUUAGCGAUGAAUUUUAUCCCACUUUAUUUGAGCUACAUAAUAGCUUAACAUGCAGCACUGUGGUAGUUCAUACAUAAAACGUGGCUUCCAUUUAUCAAUGCAGAUAGUCAGUGAUCAAUAUUGUGGAAAUGCAACGCGACUUUGUCCUUAUCUGCAUGUGAUGAUUUAAGAUUUCAAGAAAUUUUAUAUUUGGAUGUGUACUAUAGUUAGGGAUCUAUUUUGGUUUACCAAAAAAAAAAAUGUAGUUCUGUGAAAAUUGUUUUGUAAAACUCAGAAGAUAUUUGUGCAUUUUUGCAGUUGUACACAUGCAGUAAAGAAUAAUAUAUAGAUAAUGUAGACUGUUUUGUGUAACUAAUUGCAUGUAAUAUACUGUACAUAUAAAUGUGUUGCCUGUCUGAGUACCUUGUAUUUCAGGGUAUAUUUUGUACCAGCAUUGUAAGUAUUGUUAGAAAUGUUGCAGUUUAUUUUUGUAUUUAUUUGAGAUAAAUGUGUGGAUGUGCUGUGCCAUGUGGUUUCUUUUGCGCCAGAGGCACCCCGACCCUCCCAGUCAACCUUUUUAAAUUAUCCCAUAAAAACUUUGAUGAACAAAAUGGGUCAGGAAAAUGGAUAAUUUAUACAAAAACCAAAAUGUUUAAACACUGUUGUCAUUGGAAUGUUUACAUUUUCAUUUGACAUUAUCAGAUUAAGUAUGUUGUUGUAAAGUAUCAAAUGCUUGUCAGGUAAUUUAACAAAUAAUAUUAUGUUUUACUGAGCUUUAUUAGUAUAAACAGAUGAUUGAUAAAAUGACCUUUAUUGUCUUUCAGAUUUGUCAUUUUCAUGCAUAUGAGACUCUGUUAAUGCUCCAUGACGUUAAUGAUUUUAUUUCUGGCCGUUGCAGUUUGAUUGCAGUGAAUAAUUAAUGGCUUGAAGCGUUUGUCAACAUUUUUAAGCCAUUAAACACUCUAACUCUAACUUUGUACAUCUAGUAAGACAGGAUAAAAGGAUAAUCAGCUGCAGAGAUUCAGCUCUUAGAAUCAAAAUUGUCAUGUUCUCACAGGCAGCUUGGCAGGUUUGUAACCAAAAACUCCAUUAGGCUUAAAUAAUCAUUCAAUUUAUUUAUUUUUUAUAAUGAAAGGGUUCCUACAUUCACUUCUUCACCUAUAUUCAUUGUCGAUUGGUAAAUAACAUUUAAUACCCCCAUUAUUGCUUUAGGGCCCCAAGAAGAGGUGAUAGGGACCUGUGUAAUGUGGCUGCGAAUACAAAUUACUCAGGUCGACUGAGUUUAAAUCACACUGAUCCUUCAAGAAAGGGGUCUUUAUGUAUUUAUUACUUUAUUUAUUUUAAUUUGUAAGAUACUAUAAAUUCUUUUCAGUGUGUCAUCUGAGAUAAAG